CCAGAGGUGCGGCGCUGAAUUCUUGGAAGGGGCCCGGAUGUGCUGAGGAUGCAUUACAAUUUCACUGAAGGAGGCGGUAGUGGAAAGGAUCAGUUUUUGGUUUUUGAUGCAAUAAUGGGAAUCAGGUAAUCAGCCAAAGGAAAGAAGAGAUACUGCAGAUCCACGGCUUCCUCGAAUUUUGCACGAAAGCCGCCGACCUCGGAGGAGGGAUUAGUGCAGACCCGCUUGGGGGUGUUUGACAUUUCUUCCUCUUUGUGGCUUCUUCUCCCUUUAAAACAAUUCUUGGUCCAUGGUCAAUGAAAACACGAGGAUGUACAUUCCAGAGGAAAACCACCAAGGACCCAGCUAUGGGAGCCCACGCCCGGCUCACGCCAACAUGAACGCCAACGCCGCCGCCGGGCUGGCCCCCGAGCACAUCCCCACGCCGGGGGCCGCCCUGUCCUGGCAGGCAGCCAUCGACGCAGCCCGGCAGGCCAAGCUGAUGGGCAGUGGCGGCAACGCGACCAUCUCAACAGUCAGCUCCACACAGCGGAAGCGGCAGCAGUAUGGGAAGCCCAAGAAGCAGGGCAGCACCACCGCCACCCGCCCGCCCCGGGCCCUGCUCUGCCUGACUCUCAAGAACCCCAUCCGGAGGGCGUGCAUCAGCAUUGUCGAGUGGAAGCCAUUUGAAAUCAUUAUUUUACUAACCAUUUUUGCCAAUUGCGUGGCCUUAGCGAUCUAUAUCCCCUUUCCAGAGGAUGACUCCAACGCCACCAACUCCAACCUGGAACGAGUGGAGUAUCUCUUUCUCAUCAUUUUUACUGUGGAAGCAUUUUUAAAAGUCAUAGCCUAUGGACUCCUCUUUCACCCCAACGCUUACCUCCGCAACGGCUGGAAUUUACUAGAUUUUAUCAUUGUGGUUGUCGGGCUUUUCAGUGCAAUCUUAGAGCAAGCCACCAAAGCCGACGGGGCGAAUGCUCUCGGCGGAAAAGGGGCUGGAUUCGACGUGAAGGCACUGAGGGCAUUCCGUGUGCUGAGGCCCUUGCGGCUGGUGUCCGGGGUCCCAAGCCUCCAGGUGGUCCUGAACUCCAUUAUCAAGGCCAUGGUCCCCCUGCUGCACAUCGCCCUGCUCGUGCUCUUUGUCAUCAUCAUCUACGCCAUCAUCGGCCUGGAGCUCUUCAUGGGGAAGAUGCACAAGACCUGCUACAACCAGGAGGGCGUCCCAGAUGUUCCAGCAGAAGACGACCCCUCCCCCUGUGCUCUGGAGACGGGCCACGGGCGGCAGUGCCAGAAUGGCACAGUGUGCAAGCCAGGCUGGGACGGGCCCAAGCACGGCAUCACCAACUUCGACAACUUUGCCUUCGCCAUGCUGACCGUGUUCCAGUGCAUCACCAUGGAGGGCUGGACCGACGUGCUCUACUGGGUCAAUGAUGCCGUGGGAAGGGACUGGCCCUGGAUCUAUUUUGUUACACUAAUCAUCAUAGGGUCAUUUUUUGUACUUAACUUGGUUCUCGGUGUCCUUAGCGGAGAGUUUUCCAAAGAGAGGGAGAAGGCCAAGGCACGGGGCGACUUCCAGAAGCUGCGGGAGAAGCAGCAGCUGGAAGAGGACCUGAAAGGCUACCUGGACUGGAUCACUCAGGCCGAAGACAUCGACCCCGAGAACGAGGACGAGGGCAUGGAUGAGGAGAAGCCCCGAAACAUGAGCAUGCCCACCAGUGAGACCGAGUCUGUCAACACGGAAAACGUGGCUGGAGGUGACAUCGAGGGAGAAAGCUGCGGGGCCAGGCUGGCCCACCGGAUCUCCAAGUCGAAGUUCAGCCGCUACUGGCGCAGGUGGAACCGCUUCUGCCGAAGGAAGUGCCGCGCAGCCGUGAAGUCGAGCAUCUUCUACUGGCUGGUCAUCUUCCUGGUGUUCCUCAACACGCUCACCAUCGCCUCCGAGCACUACAACCAGCCCCGCUGGCUCACAGAAGUGCAAGACACGGCCAACAAGGCCCUGCUGGCCCUGUUCACGGCGGAGAUGCUGCUCAAGAUGUACAGCCUGGGGCUGCAGGCCUACUUUGUGUCCCUGUUCAACCGCUUCGACUGCUUCAUCGUGUGCGGUGGCAUCCUGGAGACCAUCCUGGUGGAGACCAAGGUCAUGUCGCCGCUGGGCAUCUCCGUGCUCAGAUGCGUCCGCCUCCUGAGGAUCUUCAAGAUCACACGGUACUGGAACUCCCUGAGCAACCUGGUGGCAUCCUUGCUGAACUCCGUGCGCUCCAUCGCCUCCCUGCUGCUGCUCCUCUUCCUCUUCAUCAUCAUCUUCUCCCUCCUGGGGAUGCAGCUCUUUGGGGGGAAGUUCAACUUUGAUGAGAUGCAGACCCGGAGGAGCACGUUUGAUAACUUUCCCCAGUCCCUGCUCACCGUGUUUCAGAUCCUGACCGGGGAGGACUGGAAUUCGGUGAUGUAUGAUGGGAUCAUGGCUUAUGGCGGCCCCUCUUUUCCAGGGAUGUUAGUCUGUAUUUACUUCAUCAUCCUCUUCAUCUGUGGAAAUUAUAUCCUACUGAACGUGUUCUUGGCCAUUGCCGUGGACAACCUGGCGGAUGCUGAGAGCCUCACCUCUGCCCAGAAGGAGGAGGAAGAGGAGAAGGAGAGAAAGAAGCUGGCCAGGACUGCCAGCCCAGAGAAGAAGCAAGAGGUUGUGGAGAAACCAGCAGUGGAGGAGACCAAGGAGGAGAAAAUCGAGCUGAAGUCCAUCACGGCAGACGGAGAGUCCCCGCCCGCCACCAAGAUCAACAUGGACGACCUCCAGCCCAACGAAAAUGAGGACAAGUGUUCCUACCCCAACCCAGAAACUGCAGGAGAAGAGGACGAGGAGGAGCCUGAGAUGCCCGUGGGCCCGCGCCCCCGCCCCCUCUCCGAGCUGCACCUGAAAGAGAAGGCGGUGCCCAUGCCAGAAGCCAGUGCCUUCUUCAUCUUCAGCCCCAACAACAGGUUCCGCCUCCAGUGUCAUCGCAUCGUCAAUGACUCCAUCUUCACCAACCUGAUCCUCUUCUUCAUCCUGCUCAGCAGCAUCUCGCUGGCCGCCGAGGACCCCGUGCAGCACACCUCCUUCAGGAACCACAUUCUGUUUUAUUUUGACAUUGUUUUCACUACCAUUUUCACCAUUGAAAUUGCUCUGAAGAUGACUGCCUAUGGGGCCUUCCUGCAUAAGGGCUCCUUCUGCCGCAACUACUUCAACAUCCUGGACCUGCUGGUGGUGGCCGUGUCCCUCAUCUCCUUCGGCAUCCAGUCCAGCGCCAUCAAUGUGGUGAAGAUCUUGCGGGUUCUGAGGGUGCUCAGGCCCCUGAGGGCCAUCAACAGGGCCAAGGGGCUGAAGCACGUGGUGCAGUGCGUGUUUGUGGCCAUCCGCACCAUCGGGAACAUCGUGAUCGUGACCACGCUGCUCCAGUUCAUGUUCGCCUGCAUCGGGGUCCAACUCUUCAAGGGCAAGCUCUACACCUGUUCAGAUAGUUCCAAGCAGACGGAGGCCGAAUGCAAGGGGAACUACAUCACAUACAAGGACGGGGAGGUUGACCACCCCAUCAUCCAGCCCCGCAGCUGGGAGAACAGCAAGUUCGACUUUGACAAUGUCCUGGCAGCCAUGAUGGCCCUGUUCACCGUCUCCACCUUUGAGGGGUGGCCAGAGCUGCUCUACCGCUCCAUCGACUCCCACACGGAGGACAAAGGCCCCAUCUACAACUAUCGCGUAGAGAUCUCCGUCUUCUUCAUCAUCUACAUCAUCAUCAUCGCCUUCUUCAUGAUGAACAUCUUCGUGGGCUUCGUCAUCGUCACCUUCCAGGAGCAGGGCGAGCAGGAGUACAAGAACUGCGAGCUGGACAAGAACCAGCGGCAGUGCGUGGAGUACGCCCUCAAGGCCCGGCCCCUGCGGAGGUACAUCCCCAAGAACCAGCACCAGUACAAGGUGUGGUACGUGGUCAACUCCACCUACUUUGAGUACCUGAUGUUCGUCCUCAUCCUGCUCAACACCAUCUGUCUGGCCAUGCAGCACUACGGGCAGAGCUGCCUGUUCAAGGUCGCCAUGAACGUCCUCAACAUGCUCUUCACCGGCCUCUUCACGGUCGAGAUGAUCCUGAAGCUCAUCGCCUUCAAGCCCAAGGGCUACUUUAGUGACCCCUGGAAUGUCUUUGACUUCCUCAUCGUAAUUGGCAGCGUAAUUGACGUCAUUCUCAGUGAGACCAAUCACUAUUUCUGUGAUGCAUGGAACACAUUUGACGCCUUGAUUGUUGUGGGUAGCAUUGUUGAUAUAGCGAUCACCGAGGUAAACCCAGCUGAACAUACGCAGUGCUCUCCCUUUAUGAACGCGGAGGAGAACUCCCGCAUCUCCAUCACCUUCUUCCGCCUCUUCCGGGUCAUGCGUCUGGUCAAGCUGCUGAGCCGCGGGGAGGGCAUCCGGACCCUGCUGUGGACCUUCAUCAAGUCCUUCCAGGCCCUGCCCUACGUGGCUCUCCUGAUCGUGAUGCUCUUCUUCAUCUACGCCGUGAUUGGGAUGCAGGUCUUUGGGAAAAUCGCCCUGAAUGACACGACAGAGAUCAACCGGAACAACAACUUCCAGACCUUCCCCCAGGCCGUGCUUCUCCUCUUCAGGUGUGCCACAGGGGAGGCAUGGCAGGACAUCAUGCUGGCCUGCAUGCCAGGGAAGAAGUGCGCCCCCGAGUCGGAGCCCGGCAACAGCACGGAGGGGGAGACACCCUGUGGCAGCAGCUUCGCCGUCUUCUAUUUCAUCAGCUUCUACAUGCUCUGUGCCUUCCUGAUCAUCAACCUCUUUGUGGCAGUCAUCAUGGACAACUUUGACUACCUGACCAGGGACUGGUCCAUCCUGGGUCCCCACCACCUGGAUGAAUUUAAGAGAAUCUGGGCGGAGUAUGACCCUGAAGCCAAGGGUCGCAUCAAACACCUGGAUGUGGUGACCCUGCUCCGGCGGAUCCAGCCCCCACUGGGCUUCGGGAAGCUGUGCCCUCACCGCGUGGCUUGCAAACGACUGGUGUCCAUGAACAUGCCCCUGAACAGCGACGGGACCGUCAUGUUCAACGCCACCCUGUUUGCCCUUGUCCGGACGGCCCUGAGGAUCAAAACAGAAGGGAACCUGGAACAGGCCAAUGAGGAGCUGCGGGCCAUAAUCAAGAAGAUCUGGAAGCGGACCAGCAUGAAGCUGCUAGACCAGGUGGUGCCCCCCGCCGGAGACGAUGAGGUCACGGUUGGCAAGUUUUACGCUACGUUCCUGAUCCAAGAGUACUUCCGGAAAUUCAAGAAGCGCAAAGAGCAGGGCCUCGUGGGCAAGCCCUCCCAGAGGAACGCCCUGUCCCUGCAGGCUGGCCUGCGCACCCUGCACGACCUCGGGCCCGAGAUCCGAAGAGCCAUCUCUGGGGACCUGACGGCGGAGGAAGAGCUGGACAAGGCCAUGAAGGAGGCCGUGUCCGCGGCCUCCGAAGACGACAUCUUCAGGAGGGCCGGCGGCCUGUUUGGCAACCAUGUGGGCUACUAUCCAAGCGACAGUCGGAGCGCCUUCCCCCAGACCUUCACCACCCAGCGCCCUCUGCACAUCAGCAAAGCGGGGAACAGCCAGGGUGACACCGAGUCGCCCUCCCACGAGAAGCUGGUGGACUCCACCUUCACCCCCAGUAGCUACUCAUCCACAGGCUCCAAUGCCAACAUCAACAAUGCCAACAACACCGCCCUGGGCCGCUGCCCCCACCUGGCUGGCCACCCCAGUGCGAUCAGCACCGUGGAGGACCGAGGGCCCCCCUUGUCCCCCGCCGUCCGGGUACAGGAGGCUGCAUGGAGGCAAAGCUCCAAGAGGCACCUCUCCCAGGAGAGCCAGCUAGCCAUGGUGUGUCAGGAGGAGGCCUCUCGGGACGAGACCUGUGACGUGAGGGCAAAUGAGGACGAGGAGUACGGCAGCGAGCCCAGCCUGAUCUCCACAGAGAUGCUGUCCUAUCAGGACGACGAAAGCCGGCAGCUGACACCCCCUGAGGAGGACAGGAGAGACAUCAGGCUCUCUCCGAAGAGGGGCUUCCUGCGCUCCGCCUCCCUGGGCCGACGGGCCUCCUUCCACCUUGAGUGUCUGAAACGACAGAAGAAUCAAGGGGACGUCUCUCAGAAGACAGUCCUGCCCCUGCAUCUGGUUCACCAUCAGGCUUUGGCGGUGGCAGGCCUGAGCCCCCUCCUGCAGAGAAGCCAUCCUCCCGGCACCUUCCCCCUGCCAUGCACCACGCCCCCCGCCACACCUGGCCCAGGCUGGCCUCUGAGGCCUGUCCCCACCCUGCGGCUGGAGGGGGCCGAGUCCAGCGAAAAGCUCACCAGCAGCUUCCCGUCCGUCCAUUGUGGCCCCCGGGCUGGGGAGCCCACGCCCUGCGGGGCAGGCAGUGGCCCCCGGAGGGCCCGGCCGGUGUCUCUCACUGUGCCCAGCCCAGCAGGGACCCAGGGCCGGCAGUUCCACGGCAGCGCCAGCAGCCUGGUGGAAGCGGUCUUGAUCUCAGAAGGACUGGGGCAGUUUGCUCAGGAUCCCAGGUUCUUGGAGGCCACCACCCAGGAGCUGGCCGACGCCUGCGACAUGACCAUAGAGGAGAUGGAGAGCGCCGCCGACAACAUCCUCAGCGGGGGCGCUGGGCAGAGCCCCAACGGCACCCUGCUCCCCUUUGCAAACUGCAGGGACCCAGGGCCGGACCGAGCAGGGGGCACGGAGGACGCGGCCUGGGCGCCCGGCCCCGAGCCCCGCCAGGGCGAGGACGAGCUCCUGGACAGCAGGGCCUUCGCCAGCAGCCUGUAGCGGCCGGGCCGGAGACGCCGGCUUUUUUAUUUGUUUCAAUGUUCCUAAUGGGUUCGUUUCAGAAGUGCCUCACUGUUCUCGUGACCUGGAGUUAACCGGAACAGCGUCUUCAUUCAUUUCGUGGGGACAAGAUCAAGUCAGGUGGCCAGGAGAGAAGCAGCCGCAGUCCGUGUCCGCGGGGAGCGGUUGGGGCGGGGCGCCGGCACCAGGAAGGGCCCCCACCCCGCACCGCCGCCCCGGCUCCCCCCAGCCCUCACCAAAAGGACCCUGUGCCAAACGGGUGUCUUUCAACCUUGCUUGUAAAAAAAAAAAAAAAUCAUUUUGCACAUAUUCUGUAUGAGCCUCACUGUCCCCAUAGAGCCAGGGCCCGCGGAUUCACAGAGGAAGGAGGACCCGGCCCCACCCACGCUGGAAGAGGAAGCCAGGGAGGGGCCCCGCACCACCGCCCACCACCCCACCUGCAGCUGGAUCCCCUUUCCUGCCCAGCCACGGCCACGCGCGCACAUCGCAUCGAGGCCAGGGGAGCGGGCACGCCGGUGGGACAAGACCGGGUGCUGCUGAGCUUCCAUCCAGCGCUCUUUUGUUCUGGGAUUUGACGUUUUUCUUGACCGCAUGUUGGUUUUCUUUGGGGGGGUGUUUGUUUUUAAUUUAGUUUUGCCAGGGGGAGGGGAGGAAGAAGAGUGUUUACAAAGUUUUGCAGCCACCCACCUUCCUGUUUUCACUUUUGCAAAUGUAAAUUGGGUUUGGUUUUGUUGUAUUACUUAACGGUUGUGGUUUCCUUUUCUACGGAGGAUGCAAGGGAGCCGCUGUAGGAGGGUUUUACCAGCCAUUGUGUACGCCCAAUAAUUUGUUAUAAUUUCCUUAGGUGGUGACAAGAUUUGGGGGUUUGGUUUCAUAAUUUAAAGGUAAUCAAGAGUGCACUCGGAUAGGAUCUUGCACAUUCGUGUGUACUAGUGGGUGCCCGAGAGAGGAAGCACACACGAAGCACACACAGGGUCUCUGCGUGUGUGUGUGUUGUGUGUGUGGCAGGUGUCUGUGUGAGGACGUGGUCCGUGCCCACCAGUUAGCCCACGGCUCCCGUUUCAGGCCUGUGGGGAGAUCCGAAUCUGGGGCCAUUUGAAAGCAAAAACAAACCACUGUCUCUGCUUCUGAAAUGGGAAUCAGUAACUCUUUUGCAUUUUCUGUCCCACAAGAUAUGCAAAAACAAUGCAAUAAUAUUCAUUUUAAAAAAUACAAUUGUGAGUUGUGUUGGCAUUAAAGCUGUAUUUAAAAAAACCACACAGAAAUUUAAGGGAAAAACUCAGAAGGCGUUUUGCUUCGAUUUGUUCCGUGUAAUGUUUUACUGCAUUGAUGGUGUUUCUGCUGAAGAGACCGUUAUACUUGAAUUCAGGUCAGUCUCAGUAUUUUACAAAUAUUUUUUUAAAACUGAAUUGCAGUUGUGCCAAGCGAAUAUAAUGAAUUGAAUUAAGUUUGUUUUUGAAUUCACUUCUUGUAUAUUUGCUGCAUGUAAGUAAAUCAUUUUGUAUUUGGAGUGUGACAAGCUUUACCUUUGAGCUCUUAAGUGCUUUCCUACAUGUGGUCGGGAAAAGGGAACAGCUUUUCCUUUCAUGUGUGCGACAAGUGUGGGCACCACUUGUGUGUGGGGGGGGUCCCGACACAGGCUUGAGCAUCACUGUUGCGCAUAUCUUGUGUUCGCUUCUGUUUCCCUCAUUUUCCCCAAAACUCAGUGACAGUGCAUCCGUAUCUUGCUUUGAGAGACAGGACUCAUUCCAGACCCACUCCAUCCACUCCACCCCAGUUUUCUUGAUUUGUAAUUUCUUCAGGAAGAGCUCCUAGCUGUGUGCGGCCCUGAGAUGCCCUGACCAGCCUCUUUCGUCACCUGCUGGCAUCGGCGUCCCCCAUGGGAGAGGUGGCAGCACACGUGUUCCUUAGGGAAGUGUUCUCUGACCGGAAGGAUGGAAUGGUUGGAGGGGAGGGCAUCCUCGCCGGGCACGCUCUGCUCAUACCAGGUCCCUGAGCUGGGCAGCUGGGAAAAUCCUUUCCGUCCAAAGCCAAGGCCGUCCUGCUCACUUCUCCACCUUUCACUCACUCUGGAGCAGGAUUUGCUCCAGCCAGCCCCUCGUAAGUGGCAGCCAGGGAGAAACCAGGAUGUUGGGAGUGGGAGCGGGAUCAGAACCCGAAGCCUCUUGGGGUGUCUCUUUGCCGCUACCUGGAUGUCACCCAGGGUGCCGCUUCCUUCAAACAGACUACAACAGUGAUGGUUGGAAAGGGACCAGUUUGGAGGAAACAGGACCCAACCAUUCAUCUGGAACUUUCCCAUUGAGCCUCCUCCAGGCCUGGGGCUCUUUCAGCCCUUCCUGGCACCUCCUUACGUGAGCAGUUUAGAAAUCAAAGCCGGGGACGCCCACUCCUCAGUGAAGAAGAUUUUACUCUGAUGACUGAUGCUCAGGCUGCCAGGUUACCUUACAGGCUGGAGACCGAAGGGCCGCUCCCUGUUUCUCCAAGUCCAACCUUUCCACAUUUUCUGGGCUCCUUGUCGGUGCCAUCGAGAUCUCAAGAAUUUAAGUUCAGGUCCUGUGUUUCCCCAAAUGUCCCCCACUGUGCCACCACAAGAUUUUAGUUGUAAUGGACAGAGGAGCCCUUUGGGGUUAAUGCCUGGUCCUAGCCGUAUGCUUGGCCGCUGGAGAGACAUUGGAACCUUAACUGACCUCACACAUGCACAUACUCGGCCUUUUUGUGCUGCCUCCUGUCUUCUUUUUGGACUUUCCAUCUGCAUCACCUGCCAGCUCCUGCUUGGCGCACGCAGAGCCCACCCUCACCCUACACGGAGCCCACCCUCGCCCCUCCGCGCGCAUGUGCAGGUUUGCUUCUCCUUUGCCUUAAGCUCUGUCUCUGUCGGGCAGACCUAGGCAUCCUCCCUGCGUGCGGGGACGCUGUCAGCGUGGCAAGGGCACUCCAUCCGCCGUGAAGGGAAGUGUCUCAGGUGGGAGGGCCCUGUGCAGGAGAGGGUCUCGGGAGCCUGAGUGCAUGACUGACCAGUGCGGGCUGGACACGCAACACGUCGUUCUGAGCCUCUUCCACUGCGUGGCCUCCACCUCUGCAUCCAAAUAGAACCUCCCCUGUGACCUCGUAAACCAGAACCAGCAAGUCUUCUGAAAACCCUGAGUGGUGGGAGAAAAGCCAUGAUGCCUGAGGACCCCAAGGACUUGAAGAGUUCAAGUUCCAGGGUCUGGCAACCUGAUUUGUUGUCCCCUGGCUGGCAGCCUCUUGUCUCCAACCUGGUCUUAACAGCUACUCGCCUGCUGGGUUUGAUUCCCAGCUGUCUCCUGUCUGCCCCCUCCUAGAUGGUUUUUUUGGUCUUAGAGUAAAAAGGAAGACUUUCCCCCA